AGUUGAACUUGAGUGCAUAUAUAUAUAUAAAUAAAUAUCUCUUUUAAUUUAUUUUUCUUUUCUUUCAUGGCUUCUUCUUCUUCAUCAUCAUCAAAUCUUGGGAUAAUUGUUCAAAAGAAUCCUUCACAAUCUCAACUCGAUGAAUUGGGCAUCAAAUCUUGGCCUAAAUGGGGUUGUUCUCCAGGAAAAUACCAAUUAAAAUUUGAUGCACAAGAGACAUGUUAUUUAUUGAGAGGUAAAGUGAAAGUUUCAACAAAGAAUUCAAAUGAUGAAAUAGUUGAAUUUGGAGCUGGAGAUCUUGUUAUUAUUCCAAAAGGAUUAAGUUGCACUUGGGAUGUUUCAAUUGCUGUUGAUAAACACUAUAAGUUUGAUUCAUCUUAAUUAGUUCUUCUUAAUCCUCAUUAAAAACUUAGCUAAUUUUCUUGUUUAUGAUAAACAUCUCAUGUUGAUUGUAAUCAAUUUUCUUGAUAUAUAUAUAUGUUUCCUUCAUAUGU